UUGAGCCUAUAAAGAGAUAUGACAGAAUUGGUAUCUAAAUAAUCCGGAGGGUUACAUGUACUACUGUCUCUAACAAGUCUAUUACGGCGAUUUCGUUAAACCACAAACUAAAAAAAAUUCCCAAGUUGUAUGAAUUGUAAGGAACGUUUCUUAAUCCCAUGAUAGCAUCAUACAUAUGCCCACAGGUGUUCAAAACUAUAAAAAACUGUUAUUGUGCAUUCUUGUGGACUACAUUUUAAUCGAUCUAUUUUGGGAUGGUAGCUUAUCUCUGUUGAAGAGUCCAAGUCCUACAAACUCUUAUCUGACAUACUAGCGCAUAUUCGUAGGUCGAAAGCACCGAUAUUCCUCCUUGCGAUAAACCACAAAUAGAAAAAUGGCUAAAUGUUGGAUUUUUGCGAUGUUGAUUUUGAUUUUCGUGGUCCAAUGUAUUGUCGCGAACGAUUUGGAAAUGGAGGCAUGGAGAAAGAAUAUGGAGUCUCGUUUGUUGAAACUCGAGCGGGAAAAUGUUCAACUGAAGAUGAAAAACGAAGAACAGGACAAGACAAUAAAGUUAUUAAUUGAAGAGAACAAUCAGUUAAAGGAAGUGUUUAAUAAAGCACGUAUAAAUGCUGAACCACCAAUCUUAGUACCGGGAAACGAUAGUAGAACUUUACUGAACACUUCUGGGGCUCGGGGAGAAGUUUUGGAAUUAUCCACAGACAAAAAUAUUCAUAAAAGUAAAAGAAACGGACGUGAAAGACAGGAAAGGUUACUACAAUCGAACACUCCUCAUGAGGGGGUGGCGUUUUAUGCCUACAUCUCCUCCAUCCAUACGCCAGCCCUAGAGGCCAAACAUAUAAUCAUUUAUGACGUCGUCGUAACAAACCGGGGCAACGGUUACCACAGAGAUAACGGGAUUUUUAUCGUACCACAAACUGGCGUUUACGUUUUUACGUGGACUGUCGUUGUCCAGGAAGCUGAAUGGAUAGACCUUGAAAUUGUUCUGAAUGGCUCUCCUUUCGGGAGUAUCGUGGCUGACACGGUAAACACUGCGUCUGGUGACUGGGACUGCUCCACCGGCGUUACAGUUAAGGAGGUCAAUGCGGGGGACCACGUGUAUAUCCGAACUAUUGACCACAGGGCUGUUACGAUUAUCUACAGCGGAACAAAUGCACGGACUUCCUUUGCUGGCUGGCAGCUGCUUUAACUUUCACCUGCGUUACAUACGUGACUUUCUAAAUAAUCUUUCUAAAUAAUACCCUUAAAACUUCUAGUGGUGGUCAGUAACAAUAUUGUACUAACUAGGUAACAAUAUGGUUCAACAAAUCGGAUUAUAUGAUCCUAUCGGAAGUUCAGAGUUGACACGAAUUUUCUUGUUGAAUUCGGUACAUGAGUGAACUGUGAUUCUUGAUUUGCGAUACUGUAGCGUAUGUAGUAUAAAGCCAAUAGUUUUCAAUUUGCUUAACCCAUACAUUCUGCAAAUUUCGACUUAAAAACUUGUUGACCUUAAAA